AACUGUCCUCAGUGUUGGGAAUUUAUUGCGCGAGUUAUCACGUAAAAUUUGCAACAGAUUAAAAAUUAAAACUGUUUCCAUAAGCAUAAGCAAUCAUAAGUGAUUUUUAAAAAAUCAAGAUGCCAACCGAAGAACCAUUUUGCGGAUACACAUUGCUGAAAGUAGGCGAUUACUACAAAGAGAACAUAAACGGGUACGCAGAUAUCACGGUAUGUUUCAUUGGAUCAAUUUUCAAUCUAUUCAACAUCCUGGUAUUUACAAGGAAAAACAUGAUUUCACCGGUGAACCAGAUAUUCACUCAUAUUGCCUUCACAGAUUUAGCAGUGUUAUUAGCAGCCAUUCCCGGCUCAUUCAUUCAGCGCAUUCAUAGUGGCGGUCUAGUUCAGGAAGGAUGGACUUUCACACAGGCGAUAAUUUCUGUAACCUGUAAUGAUCUCAUAACCACGUUUCAUCUUGUGUCAGUAUUUCUCACAGUACAAUUGACGAUAUGGAGAUACAUUGCUAUAGCUCAUCCAUUCGAAGUACGUCGAUGGUGUCAUAUGAAAAUUACAUGCAAAGUGAUAAUUACGGGAUACGUAAUGUGCGUUUUUCUGGCCAUUCCGACAUAUUUGACACGAGAAAUUGCAUCGACCAGUGGUAAUCGAAAACCUAUUUAUACGGUUAAUUCGACUCUGUUUUCGUUAUCGUUCAUUACAUAUGGAAUUUUGGGAGCGUUGUUGCCAGCUAUCGUUCUGACUGUGUUCGGUUUGAAAUUGCUCAUCACCUUAUUAGCAAGAAAAAGUUCAACUUCAUUCUCAAAUACUGAAAACAAUAUGAGAAGUGGUAAAACUAAAGAAGUCGACCGAUCGAUCAUGAUAUUGUUCACAAUUCUGGCACUAUUUUUAACCGCCGAAUUCCCCAGAGCAAUUAUUUAUUUACUGGCUAUGAUUUACAAUGUUAGAGUGAAUGCGAUGAAUUACCAAUGUUACCUUUCGUUGAUACAGAUAUUUAAUUUUAUAUGCUAUAUUAAUAAGUCGCUUCCAUUUUUGGGAUAUUACACGAUGAGUCAGCAGUUCAGAGACACUUUUAAAUCUCUGUUUAAUUGCUCAUGUUCUUCACAGUUGGAAAGUAUUUCUAAUGCAGAAAAUUGUAGGUAACAAAAAAGCUGGAACGAGUUCGGAAUCUACUAGAGCUUAUAUUGAGAAAAUUUUAAGAUCUUCAUGAGUAUAAUUCAGUCAUUGCAUUUGAUCACGCUCUGAAUACAUUUUAAGUAAUCCACUCAAAAAUCCAAAGAAUCUCUCCGGAUCUGAUAUCAGAUCUGAACAAACAGGUCUGAUCCGGCCAUCAGAUUCAAGUCAAGUCAGAUUCAAUCACUAUCAUUAAAGGUGUAGAUUAAUGUUCAGCAAUUCUUCAAAUUACACUUGAAUAAUACUUAUUAAUAAGUAGGUACCUACCUAACAGUAUGUUUAAUCUACGCCCACUAUAAUUAUAAGUCAAAUUGAAUCCUUUUUUUUUUUAUUCAACAAUGAUAUUGAUACCUAUCUAUUCUUUAUCACGUAAUCCAUUAAU